CACACCCUUACGAGUCGUCGCUUCGUCCAGACUUGCUCGACGCAACGCCCGCCCUGAGCGCUCUCCCUCUCUCCGCAUACGAGCGCCAAUUCGCCAUCGCCCGCUGCGGCCAUCAGCGUCUCCCAGUCGACAAUUCCUCCCUCAAUGGCCCCGUCGCAAACAGCGACGUGAUCGCCUACCAUGUCGACGUCGACGGACGCCACCGGUCCUGCGGUCGAUCCAGCGCCCCCUGCCGGUGACUCCAUCACAGCCCUCGCCUACGACGACAUCGACAGCGCGAACCAGCUGCAGGCCGAGGCCAAAGCCGAAGUGCAGAAGCAGGCGCAAGCACAGGCGCACGCCAGCUUCCUGCACUCGCCGCCCGACAGCAACAAUACCGUCAAAUCGGACGCUUCCGACUCAGAACUCAGCGAACUCGACGAGGAACCCAUCCUGAGCGAUGCGCCCGUGCCCCCGCCCGCCAGCGACGACGGACAAGAUGACAUCGGCGAGGUGCUACCAGACCAUUGGUCUGGCACAGUCCCCGUCUUCAAGCCGACCAUGGACCAGUUCAAGGACUUUAAGCGCUUCAUGGAAGCAGUCGAUAGCUACGGAAUGAAGUCCGGCAUUAUCAAGAUCACCCCACCCGAAGAGUGGAAGGAAUCGCUUCCUCAACUUGACGAACUCAUAAAGCAGGUCAAAGUUAGAGAACCGAUCAAGCAGGACAUCAUGGGAUCCAGCGGCACUUAUCGACAAGUCAACAUUCUCCAUGGCCGAUCUUACAACGUUCCACAAUGGCGCCAACUUUGCGAGCAGAGCGAACACCAGCCUCCCGCCCGUCGCGGCGAACGAAGAGCCAAUGCCGACAAAGUUAGACCUUCACGGGCUCGAGCUGCCGCCCCCAAGCCUGCAAACCUAGGGACUCCCAAGAGGAGAACACGAGGCCGCCCGACCAGAGGCAAGCAGGGAGCUAAAGACAAGCUCAUCCAGGAGGAGACAGAGGGAGAAGGAGGAGAGGACAGACCACUGACGCCAAUCUCGCCCAAGCACGAAACAGAAGAGAUCGAAAAACCUGUCGAAUCCAUUGAACAGGACCCGGGUGAGGCCAUUGACGAAGCCGACUGUGCGCCUACAGUGGGCAGAAUGGGCAUCUCAAGGCAGGCAAGGCCCAAGACCCAAUCCAUCUCAGCACGUCGCAAAUACAGUCGCCGCGAGGGAUCCGCCAUGAUCGACGAAGCCGCAUUCAAGAACUGGGAUUACCGGAUGGAUAUUUCCGAGUACACCCCAGAGCGCUGCGAGGAGCUUGAGCGGGCGUACUGGAAGACUUUGACAUAUGCCCCUCCCCUCUAUGGCGCUGACUUGAUGGGAAGCCUGUUUGGCGAGUCGACGGAGCUGUGGAACUUGAACAAGUUGCCCAAUCUCUUGGACGUUCUUGGCACCAAGGUCCCCGGUGUCAACACGGCAUACCUCUACCUGGGAAUGUGGAAGGCGACUUUUGCCUGGCAUCUCGAAGAUGUCGAUCUGUACAGCAUCAACUACUUGCACUUUGGCGCCCCGAAACAGUGGUACAGCAUCUCCCAAGCCGACGCCCGCCGUUUCGAAGCAGCCAUGAAGAGCAUCUGGCCCCAGGAUGCCAAGGCAUGCGAUCAAUUCCUUCGACAUAAGGCUUUCCUAAUCUCGCCCCAACAUCUGCUCCAACAUUACGGGAUCAAGGUCAACAAAUGUGUGUCAUACCCAGGAGAAUUCGUCGUCACAUAUCCCUAUGGUUACCACUCCGGUUAUAACCUGGGAUACAACUGCGCUGAGGCUGUCAAUUUCGCACUUGAUUCGUGGCUUGAUAUGGGCAAGAUCGCCAAGAAAUGCGAAUGUGCACAGGCGCAGGAUAGUGUGUGGGUUAAUGUCUACGAAAUCGAGCGCAAGCUGCGGGGCGAGGAGACGGAGUACGAAGAAACUGAAGAGGAAGAAGAUGAUGACGAAGACCAGUCCGGACUGCCGACUCCGCCAGCCAGCUAUGGCGUUAAGUUCAAGGACGAAGGUCUCAAGCGGAAACGUGGCCCUGGCGAAAAGGGCCGCAAGGUCAAAGUCAAGAAGAUCAAGCUCCGCAUCAAGACCAAGGCCGAGCCACCUUGUUGCUUGUGUCCCAACGAUUAUCCAUCAGCAGAGUUUCUACCCACAGAUGACGGACGAAAAGCUCACCGGCUAUGUGCCUUGUAUCUCCCCGAGACGUACAUUGAUACGGUUGACGGCCAGGAGGUGGUAUCCAACGCAGCGCACAUUCACAAGGAUCGCCUUGACCUCAAGUGCCUGUACUGUCGUUCGAAGCGUGGGGCCUGUUUCCAGUGUUCGCAGAAGAAAUGUGCUAGAGCGUAUCAUGCGACAUGCGCAGCCGCAGCAGGUGUUUUUGUUGAAGAUCAAGAAGUCCCAGUCUUUGGCGAAGAUGGUAAAGAGUACAAAGAACAGGCGUUCGAGUUCAGUUGUCGAUUUCAUCGGACGAAACGGGACAGGAAACUCGAUGGGGAUGCACUGGAAGCGGACCCACGAAUCCAGGCAGCUGCCGCCGCUCUCAAGAAAGGCGAAACUUGCCAGCUGCAAUACCUCAAGGGGGAAAUCUUUGCCGGCUGUGUGGUGGAGAAUCGCGUUGACGAGCAAACGCUUCUCCUAGACAUUCUGCCAAACGGUGAUCGUUUAGAAGUCGAGUGGAAGUGGCUGCUGCUACCUCAUCCCGCCGAUUACAACCUCCCCAAAGCCUCUGCAAACGCCAUCCCAAUGCCGACCUCACGAAAGGCCAAGGACAAGCUGAAGGCUACGCGGCAGCAAGAUGACAAGCCGCGAAAGGAUGACCUCUUCGCUGAAGGCUACACAUGGUCAGAAUUCCACCUUCAGGAUGUGAGCAACAAGGAUCAAGUCAAGAUCGACUUCACCAAGCAAGAUCAGAUUUGGCACUACCUCGGAAAGACGUCAACAGAGGCUAGGGCGCAGUAUACCGAAGAUGCAUCCCGCCCACGUCACAACCCCAAGGGCAACUUCCUGGAUACGAUCCCGAAACCACCGAAGCCGCUGAAACCAGUCUCGACCACAUACGUUCAGCAACGGCCGAUGUAUGCGCCUGUGGCGUCGUAUGGAAGCCCAUAUUCUGCCCCGAAUGCCGCGGGUGCUGUGGGUGUGAUGCCUAAAACUUCAGCUUCGGCUCGCCCCGUGAAACCAUACGUCUACAAACCAAGAAAGCCCGUGGAUGCCAACGUCAGUGGUAUGGGUGUGUUCGCAGCGCAACAGUUCAGCUCAGCAGCUCCCUCAACUUCCCAACUCACCCGUCCUGCGUACCCUCAGCAUCCAUACGUGCAGAACCCGGGACACCAGAACACGGGCCAGUAUUCGGCACAACGAUUUGACGUCAAAACUCCACAAACCUACACGCCUCACAUAGCAGCACAGCCUCAGCAUCAGUGGCAACACCGCGUUGUUGCACCCGGUCCAGUUGCACCACAUCGUGUUCACCACAUUCCUUCUGCGGCGCAGCCGUCGCAGCAACAACCUGCGCCAGCGCAACCCAGGCCACAAGCCAGAGCCGCAUGGCAGGUUCACUCGUCGAUCUACCAAAAAUAUCAGUUCUUCCAAGUGAAUCAUAACAGGGACUCGACAAAAUACAGAACUCCAUACUCUCCAUGGGGUGGCUUCACCAACGGAUAUGAGGGCAAUCUGAGAGCACAUCUCAUGAGCAACCAAAACGAGCUGCUUCGAGGAGCCAGCAUGGGAACAGGAGCACAUCGUCAACCAAGUUACAGCGCAAGCCCUUACGCGCCGGCCAGUUUCAACCGUGCCCUCGCGCCUGGAGGCCAUUUCCAACAACCGACUCCCUCGCACGCAUCUCCCUACGGAGCAAAUCCCUUCACGCGCAAUCCACGGCCUGGAUCAGCAUCGUCACAGGCACCGGUACCCGCGACUCUCUAUCACCACGCCCGGGCUUCGAUAAAAGCGCAAUAUCUUGUACCAGCACCGGCCUCGCAGCAAACCAUGAGGCCAGAACCUCAGUCCAACAAGGCAAAGCCGGCCCCGGUGCCGGCUCAAAAGGUUUACAAGAUUCCACCAAAAGAAUCCCCAGUACCCUUACCGGCUAACUUCCUGGCCGCCAUGACCACCUCAUCAAAUACGCUUACGACAGGUUCGAAUAUGGCGUCACCUCGGGCCUCCAAACACGGUCGCCCUAGUGAUCCACAAGCAUCACAGGAACCUCGAACCAAAUCAUCUCCAACGAUAUCAAUCCCUGGAGAUACAAUCAAGGUCUCUACAACGCCUAUCCCCACCUCACAGGUGUCAAGCACAAUGUCCCAAUCUGGGGCUGCGACACCGGCAACAUCCUUGCCAGUAUCUAGUUCCGAACAGGGCAAGGUGUUAGACACCAUAACUGCACAGCCUGCCCAGAGUCCUCUGGAGGCGAAGAAUCAACUACUUUCUCAACCAACUGCAGGCAACGCAGCGAUUGAGCCACAGGAUUUCCCUGAUGUUCCCGGGUGCGAAUCUAUGGAGUUCGUUGAAAGGCUGAUGCAGAACCUCCGAAGGGUAUCACAACAAGGCGGGACUAAGUAGACGGUCUCAAAUAGCACCCUGCGCAUGUGUGUUCUCACACGGGGAGUUGGGUGUCGAGACUACCAAUUACCUGCUUGGGAUUCGCAUCACAAGCAGGAUGUAUAAAUGAGAUGCGAUCUCUGAGAUGGCGUUUUAGGGGUUCGGCGGAUUCUUCACGGCAGCAUUUUUCACUUGCGCAUUCAGAAUGACGAUGGGGGACGAAAGCAAUACAAUGAAACAGGCGUCGUCAUACCCGAGCUUUGGAACCAGGAGCGGCGUAUCCUGUGUAAGGCGGUUUUGGUGCAUGCAUGCAUGGAGGGAGAGCUUUGGAGCAUUAGUGGAUCCAUGAUGUAGAUCAAUGAAAAGACUUUACGAUUGAAA